AUGAAAAAAGAUAAAACACCUUGUAAGAGAUAUUAUCGACAAAGAGCUCAUUGCAAUCCUCUUUCUGACAGCUAUAUAAAAUACCCACUUAAUUGCAAUUAUGUUGAUUGGAAUUUACACUAUCCAUAUUAUUUUAAAAAUGAAAAUAUAAUAGAAAAUAAAGAAAAAAAGGAAGAAAAAGAAUUAAAAGAUAUAGAAUAUAAUAGUAGCAAUAAUGACAAUAACAAGGACAAAAUAUGUAACAAAAUUACAAAUAAAGAUAUCAGAGAUCAAAUGGAUCAUGUAAAUAAAUUGUAUUUAAAUACAAAUAAGUAUCCAAUAACUUACGAUAAAAUUAUAUGUAGCAAAUCAAGUAAUCAUGAAAUAAAAUUUUUAGAUGUAGGCUGUGGUUAUGGAGGUUUAUUAUUUGCAUUAAGUAAAAUUUUUAAUGAUAAAUUAAUAUUGGGUAUAGAAAUAAGGGAUAAAAUUACCAAUUAUGUUGGAGAAAAAAUUAUUUCUUAUAGAAGUAGUUAUUAUCCUAAUUUUCAUAAUAUAUCUAUUAUUCGUACUAAUGCCAUUAAAUUUUUACCAAAUUAUAUUAAAAAAAAUCAAAUUGAAAAGAUAUUUUUUUGUUUUCCAGAUCCUCAUUUUAAAAAACAUAACUGGAGAAGAAGAAUAAUAACUUUAGAAAAUUUAUCAUUAUAUUAUCACUUAUUACAAAAAGGUGGAUUAAUAUAUUUUAUAACUGAUGUUUUUACUUUGUAUUUAUGGGUAAAGUUUUGUUUUACUAAAUUUCCAUAUUUUAAAUUACUUUCCCAUGAAGAAUAUAAAAAUGACAUUUGCGUUAAAUUAAUACAUGAAAGUUCAGAAGAAUCAAAAAAAGUAAAAAAAAAUAAUCAAUAUAUGUAUUUUUGUGUAGCAAAAAAAAUUUAA